AUUCAUAUCUGUUGCUGGAAACGUUAAAUAAACCUCUGAAACAUGGCGUCAUAUAAGAUUUAUACUUUAUUUUUAUUAUUCAUCUUGACACAAAGCAUCUACAGCAGACCUAUUGAUGAAUCCUCGGAGGAGUUGGAGAUAGAGGAAGCCAUACAGGAAAUUAAAGCAAAUGGAACAGAUUCGGAGAAACUUAUUUUAUCUAGAAUGGGGAAUUUUAUGUUUAUACCUCAAAAAUAUGCCGCCAAGAUUGUUAAUACUACAAAGUACUUGCUUAAAGAUGAAACUUUAUUGGAAAACAAACAACCAGAAGUUAUAGAGUUUAAAAACAAACUCAACUUGUUUUUGGACAAAUAUGAUCCAUCAGCCAGUCUCCAGUCAAUACAUGUAACUAUGGAUUACCUUUUUAAUAUUACCCAACCUUAUUUGGAGCUGACCGAAGACGAACAAACACCAAACAGCAAAUUUAUCAAUGAUCUAUUAAACAAAUACAAUUUUAGCAAGUUUUCGAUAACAAUGGACGAACUCGAAAAGGCCAUAGAUGAAUGGCGAGUAACUGGUAGCAGUGCUGACAAACUUUUAAUAUUCACCUUGGACAGUUUAGUUACCAUACCCCAGCAAUAUGCCGCCAAUGCAACCAAUGCUACUCGUUAUCUAAUUAAAGACGAAGCUUUCGAGGCCAUGAAUCAAACGGAAAUGCUAGAGUUUAAGAAAAAACUAACAAUGUUCUUGGAUAAGUAUGAUCCUUCUACCAGUAACUUGAAAGUAAUUUAUAAAUCAAUGAAUGCUUUUGCCAAUAUCACCGAUCAUUAUUUUGAGCUGCCCGUGGAGAAAAUAACCGCCGAAUCGAAAUUUAUCACUGAACUUUUAAACAAAUACAAUUGUAAAAAUGUGUCUAUGCCAUUUAAGAAAUAUUUGCAAACAUUUUUUAAAGACUUUAUCGUCGUAUUUGAAGAACAUAAAGAGGAUCUGGAAAAGCCCAUGUUGGAUUGGUUUGAAAAAUUUAAGACUAUAACCGAAUGGCAAGAGCAAAUGGAAUCGAUGAAUGAGUUUAUAGAUAUGAUUUAAAUAUAGAUAAAAUAAGUUUAGUGAAAUUGACAUUGUGGGUGUUUAAUGUGAUAAGUUUAAAUGAUAUGAUUGAAAACAUAUUCUAUUUAAUAAAUAUAAAAUAAAUACCAGUA